AUGAGCUAUCUUGGAUAUCCCCCAAACCAAGAAGAUGAGAGAGAAGCACGCAACGAAGCCGGGUUACUAACGCCGUCUAAGCCAGCAGCUUCGGGGAGGGGCGUCAGCAUCGGCGAGAUACGGAAGGUGGAUUUGGUAGGCCAGGCCGUCACCUCAUUGGGCCUGGCAGAUGUCGUUGAGGCUACACUGGGUAUCCCGACGACACCCGCUGCCCCGUCGAGGCACGUUGACGACACGAAGGAACGGAAAGAUAUGUGCGACCUGUUGCUUUGGUCAUUGACCUUCCGGCAGUGCCAGCUGGAAUCACUACUGCCUGUGGCAGGCUUACUGCACCACCUGGACGGCUUGAUUGGCCUCGGAAUUCACGGGACAGAUGGGCUAGCCCUGGCUGGGAUCGAGCGCGUGCUAGCCGAUGCAAGGUGCCUUUGCACGCUCACUAUUCGCGACUGUGGCCUAGCACGACUACCUCGCCUUCAAAGUGGAUCGAUCGAGGUCUUAGACUUCAGCAACAAUGCCAUUGAAAGCGCGGCGGGCCUAGAGACCCUGUUUCGCCUCCAAGAGCUGAAUUUGGCAGGUAACCGCAUACGCACACUAUCGGAUUUACGACCGUUAUUGCCACUAGGGACUGGCCGCCUGCGGGAGCUGAACUUGGAAAACAAUCCUGUGCAGGAUUCUCCAAGAUAUCGGGAAUCGGUCUUGGCGGUCUUCCCAUCUAUCCAACUUCUCGAUGGGAUCGCAAAAAGUCAAAAAUGGCGGAUGCGAACGGCAACAAAGCCAAACAUGGCGGGGGAGGAAGGUCACAACAGGAGAGCGUGCAGUACACCACCGAGAGUCAGGAAUGCCUUCGCGGAAGGAUAUUUCAGCGAUGGUGCGACUUGGAACUCGAGGAGGGCAGGGCUAAAGGAGUAUUCCAAGUGCGGCUCGGAAGCCCAAACUAGCCAAGUGGGUCAUGUCAUGUAG